CCACGUCAGUUUGAAACACGCUAUGUCCCAAUUCCCACCAUUUCUGACGACGAAGUUUUGAUCAAAGUAGGAAUGUGCGGAACUGAUAACCACUUACAUGAGGGAGAGUUUAUCUCUAAAUUUCCUCUGAUCCCAGGCCAUGAGGUGACCGGCACAAUAACAAGUAUAGGGAAGAAUGUGCGCGGUUUUACUGAGGGUGAUCGAUGUGUAGCAGAUCCUGGAGUGACCUGCGAAACUUGCUUUUAUUGUCGACGAGGUCAAACUCUUCUGUGCGAGAAUUUCAAUGGCCUGGGUGUCACCACAGAUGGUGGAUUUGCCGAAUACGUGGUCUUUCACGGAAAAAAAGUGUACAAGAUUCACAAUCUCACCGAUGAGGAGGCUACGUUAGUCGAACCUACCGCUUGUGCCAUCCAUGGCAUGGACAAACUCAAUGCUGCCGUUGGCAUCGAAGCCCUAGUCAUUGGAGCUGGACCCACUGGCCUCGUUCUUGCCCAGUUGCUGAAACUAAACGGGGCCACGAAGGUAGUCAUAGCCGCCAACAAAGGUAUCAAGACAAAAAUUGCCCAAGAGUUGGACGCCGGGGACCAGUAUUUCGAGCUAGACAGAGAAAACCCAGGUCCGCAGUGGGAGCAGAUCAAGAGCGAAUUCCCUUAUGGCUUUGACGUUGUCGUUGAAGCAACUGGAUCGGAGAGCGUAGCCAAUGACGCGAUUAACUAUGUGCGGAGGGGAGGAACGCUCAUGAUCUAUGGCGUAUAUUCGAAUGAGGCUCGUGUGCACUGGCCACCCUCGAAAAUAUUCGGAGACGAAAUCAAGAUUAUUGGCUCGUUCGCGCAGACGCAUUGCUUCCCUCGCGCCGUAGCCUAUCUGGACAGUGGUAAAAUCAGAGUUAAGGGCAUGGUGACCGAUGUGUUCAAGAUCGAAGAAUAUCAAGAGGCGCUGGAUAAGAUGAACUCUCGCGCGGCUCUGAAGAUCGCGGUGAAACCAUGA